AUGCGGGCCGCCUUUCUUGCUCCGCCAGGUGCUGCCAGUCGACGGCAGAUAUUGCAUGGUGCAUGGUUCUUGCUGCCUUCUCCUGCAAGCGCUGUGUUUGAGAACGCGCUACCAGAGGUCUCGAAGUUUUCAGAGAGAAGGACACCAGGCAACAAGCCCGACGACUUGGGCUUGAAGGAGCGCACUUUGAAUCGGUUUGGUGAUAAAUCUGAUGGUGCGGUGCUAAAAGGAUGCGGCUAUGGUCCUAAUUGCUUCUCAACUACUGGGGAUCCGGAGGAUCCCCAGAUCACAACCUUGCUGCAGCCCUGGAAAAUUCCAGCGAAGAACACCCCAGCAGAUGCUUUUGCGGAUCUUGAAGCAGUAGUUCGAGCUUAUCCACCAGGUCAGCAAAAUGUGGAUGGAGGUGGCUUCCAGGUUGUGAAGGCGGCCGAUGGCUACCUUUAUGGGCAGUUUGAGAGCCUGAAGAAAGGCAAAGUGGAUGAUGUUGAAUUUGCAAUUGGCCAGGACGGUACUGUCCAAGUGCGGUCAUCUGGGCGAAUUGGUCUCAAAGCUGACUUUGGAUCAAAUGCAAAACGAUUGAAUUACAUCUCAGAGAAGCUUCGGGAAAAAGGUUGGACAGCUCCUCCGAUUACGAAGACCAGCCAUGCCUACUACUUUUCAAUGAAUUCCGGAAAGACGAAGGUGCAGUGUGUUGGCAUUGAUUGCCCUGUCAACUACGACAUUUGGUUGGCCGCGCUGCUAUCUACCAUAGGGAAUAGCAUGAAGCUCGCUUUGGCACGAGGUGCUCCAUGUCUAGCACUGGAGCCGGUGAAGAUGAAUGUGUGGCAGUGCGCUGCAGGCCGUGCCUUGGCUCCGAUUCUCUUUCCGAACGCCUGCGGAUUUCUGGCUUGGGCCUAUAGGGCCUAUGAUGUCAACUUUGUCUCCCAGUGUUUGAAUUAUUUCCCUCUACUUGAGCUACAAGUGAAGUGUCGCAGCGGGUUGAGGCUGUCCGUUAGCGAGAGGAACAAUGAGGUUUUCGACAUUUGUAGAGUCAUGGACCAGCGUUUGGUCAUUUUGUUGGACCCUGGUGCAGCAUCCAAUGACUACUUGCGACAUGACAAGUCCAAGGAGAAGCGUUUUGCUUUCGACCAAGCAUUCGAUGCAGAGACUGGCAAUCAGAGACUUUUCGAAGCGACGACUCAGCCACUGAUAGGUAGGCUGGUUCAAGGUUUCAAUUGUAGCGUCUUUGCCUAUGGCUCGACCGGUGCUGGAAAGACCUUCACCAUGAUUGGUACCGAGCAGGAGCCAGGGGUCAUGUCGCGCACUGUCGACUGCUUGUUCGCUGAAUUCGCGUCAGAUCCAUCUGUGUCAGUUGUUUGUUGUUUCGUUGAAGUCUACAAUGAAGUGCUGCGGGAUUUGGGCUCCCAAGACGGAAGGGAAGGAAUGCUGGACCUUAGAGAAGAUCCAGUCACAGGACCUUCUCUCACCGGCGUUACCGAAUUGCAGGCUCAGUCUGUGGAAGACGUCAUGAAAUUACUCCAGGGAGGAAACCAGCGUCGAACCACCGAGCCUACGGUCAUGAACGUCACAUCGUCACGUUCCCACGCCGUUUUCCAAGUGCGUGUGGAACGUCGCGAUCGCGAAGCUACGACCCUGGGCAAGUUAUCUUUGAUUGAUUUGGCAGGCUCCGAACGGGCCUCACAAACACACAACAGCGGCAUGCGGCUCUUGGAAGGGGCCAAUAUCAAUCGAUCCCUGUUGGCGUUGGGCAACUGUAUCAAUGCCUUAGCCUCGGGCUCCGCCUUUGUUCCCUUCCGAGACUCGAAGCUGACUCGACUUCUCAAGGAUUCCCUGGGUGGCAACUGCCGCACAGUGAUGAUCGCCAACAUCUCGCCAAGCCAUUUAAGCUAUGAAGACACGCUGAACACACUGAAAUAUGCCAACAGAGCAAAAAACAUCAGGGUCAGUGCCUCACAACAACUGAUCCAGCCAGACGAUCAUGUUAGACAGUACACCCACGCCAUAGCAGACCUUCGUCAAGAGGCGGCGCUUCUGAAAGCGAAGCUGGUGAAGCGAGCGGAAUCAAAAUCCCUGCCAGACAUCGAGGAGGAAGCUGGAGAUGAGAAGGAGCUCAAAGAAGCCAGUGAGAAUUGGAAAUUGGAGAUCAUCAAAAACCUGGAAGCCAGAGCUUCACUGCAGCGAUCCUUGAUGGAAGUAGAGAAGGCCCUGGUGCAGUGGAAGGCAGAGCUGUUGCAGGCCAAUGAGGUUAUCGCCUACUGGGAGGAGAAAGGACCGGCAACUACGCCAAGUCGACCCAGACGAUCAUCAGAACCCAGAACGCUGGAAGAGUGGAAGGAUUUGGUGUCCCAAGUCGAAGAGAACAUGGCUGAAAAUGCUGAGACGCGAAGGUCAUUGUCCCGAAGGCUUCAACAAAACAAAGACGCAGGCGAGGGUGCCCUUGGCACUUCUGCCACGCGUGCGGAAUGGUUCAACGGCCCCCGUCCCGGAAGUAUGGCGAGUAUGGCCGUUCCAUCUCACCCCGAUCUCUUGACCAUGCCAGAUGGUCACCUAGUGGUCCGAGAGCAGGGCAGCACUGAGGAUCUGUCAGCCCAAGCGAUGCCAAUGAAGGCCCAUUUCACCAAGGACAGCUUGCGAAUCGAUAUGGAGAUCAAGUUCCCAAAAAAGGAGAAGGCCAAAAAGAAGGCGGCGCAGCUGAGAAUGGUGCGCAACACUGGGUCCAUGCUGAGCAACAUCUUUGCCGAGCAAAAGUAUCCGGAACCCAUGUACUUCCAGAGCGUUGACUGUGUCGGAAUUCCAAAUUUCAUGUCACCUGGCGAGUGCAGAAAGAUCAUUGACUUCGCGGAGGCUCAAGGUUUCAGCCUACAAAACAGACAUCGAGUUCUGAAUAUGAUGUGGACAGAUCUCAUUGAUCCUUUCUUUUCAGAAGCUCUAUGGCAGAUCUGUGGUCUUCAAUGGUUCCUGCGCAACUUGACCAUAGAUGGUGAGGUUGCCUGUGGCCUCAAUGACGUGGUCCGGAUCCAAAAGUUUGGUCCCGGUGGCUUGUUCGGUCGUCACACGGAUCAGCCAGUGACACGGGCAGAUGGACGAGUUUCCAAGUACUCCCUGCGAGUGUUCCUGAACGGAACCAACGACAAGGACUUCGAGGGCGGCUUGAGCGCUUUCCACGUGGCCUAUCGGCCCAAGCCGGUCGUCUUCGAACCGGAGCCUGGCCUGGCACUGCUGUAUCCACAGGGAGAAUUUUGCCAAGUGCAGGAAGAGAUGGAGGUCCUGGCUGGCAACAAAUACGUGCUGCGUGCCGACAUCCUGUUCCAGAAACCUGAAGGCAAAGAGCUCCAAGAACAGCUACCUCGUAGAGUCCUGAAUGAGGACUUGCGGGCCUUUCUGGAGCUUAUUCAAAGAGUGAAGGUUUUGGAGUUUGAACGAUUGGAGUUGGAACACUUCUGGGAAAUCCAUCGGCGCCAACUGGUGAAUAGCGAUGACGAGAUUGCCAUGCUGAGAGAACAGCUGCGUUUGCGCAACGAUCAUCUCUUGGCGCAGCGAGCUCGUUUGCCGGAAGAACACCAAGAGUUGUUAGAUGAUCGCGCAUUCCUGUUGGGCACAGCAGAGGUGCCUGUGCAAGAGCAUGGGCCCUUGCGGGUGAUGCAGGCAUGGGCGCCGGCGGCCAAGGAUCCGGAGGAAUUUGCGAAUUGGGACACGCGGCCACUGCGGCAGCGGGAAAGCAGGAAGAGCUCAACUGAGGACAUUUCGGAGGUCGGUGUUGCGAUCGCAAAGAGCGAUAAGGCUAUCAACUGGAAGGCCCUGGAAUUGCCUCUGGCUUCUCAGAUCAAGGGCUUGGCAAUCCUGCAGGAAGAAGGACUGCGUGUCCAGCCCCAACCUCCUCCACCGCCAGUAUCACAGGCCAUCCCACCCCCCGGCCCAUCGGCUCACAAGCCAACCACCCGUCAGUUCACCAGCCUGGCAGCUCAUGGUGUCGCCCCUGCACCAGUGCAUCGCCCGGUGCCCCAGGCCCCACACGUGGCCGAGCAUCGGUCGCCUCCACCGGUGCGUUCCUCCCACCUCACCAGUGAUGCAUCCCUGCGAACCCGUCGCACCGAUGGGAAUCCCAGGGACGCACGAAGUCCGCCACCAGGUGUGGCCUCCCGGGGCUUGCUGCGGGCCUAUGGCGUUCAGUCCAUGCCUCGGGAGCUCCGCGAGCAGCGGCAGAUGGAUCGACCUGUGGCACAGUAUCGGAAGAGCAGCCCCUGGCGGCGUGUGGAUCCCAUCCGGAAAGCUGGGAAACUGAUGGUACAGACACCGGGUCGGUAG